AUGUCCGACGUCCCACCAACCGAGUCCAUUCCCAAACCAGAGGAACCUAAAGAACCACAACAGUCUCCUCAGCAACCUCAGUUCCAGCAAGUACCUCCGAAUUACUACCAAUUUCCACCUCAAGGUUACUACCCACCACAAGGCUUCCCGAACUACCCUCCUCAGCCUAUGCCUUACUUCCCCAACCCUUGGUUGUUCCAGCAAGCUCCACCCCAGCAAUUCCAAUUCCAAUCUCAAUCGAAGAGAGACCAAGACUUCGAAGAAGGUCUGAACCGUUUACGCAAAGAGUAUGCUACAGCUCCAAUGGAAGAUGACAGGCUUUCAGUCUCUUCCCUAAGGUCGACCAAUUCGACUCGUACCACAGAUUCGGUUCGUGACCGUGAAGACUACCUCAAGCA